UCUUUAAAUUUUCCUUCGCAGAUCAACAGUCAAAAUUUUGAAGGUCAUAAACUUUCUCAUGGUAGUGUUGAGCCAUGGCGGCAGAUGAUAAAGUUGCUAUCUUAACUGAUGAUGAAGAGGAACAGAAGAGAAAAUAUGUCCUUGCGGAUCCCUUUAAUGGUAUUUCUAGGGAACCAGAACCGCCUUCAAAUGAAACGCCCUCCUCCACUGAAACAUCUGCUAUUCCCGAGGAAGAAAUAGACUGGAUAGAAAAACACUGCGUUAAAAUAAACAAUGAUCUUCUAAUUUCCAAGGUCUUUUAUUUUUUCUUUUAUUCUGCCUAUGGCUCUCUGUAUCCACUUUUGCCUGUCUAUUAUAAACAGCUGGGAAUGACACCAAGCCAGAGUGGACUGCUUGUAGGUAUUCGAUACUUCAUUGAAUUCUGCAGUGCCCCUUUUUGGGGUGUAGUUGCAGAUCGCUUUAAAAAAGGAAAAAUUGUUCUCCUCUUUUCUCUUCUGUGUUGGGUUUUAUUCAACCUGGGCAUUGGAUUUGUUAAACCUGCUACCUUGAGGUGUGUACCAAAGAUUCCCCCAACAGCUCACCCCACCAACACAAGUCACCUGUUUACCAUCCUGCCAGCCAAUUCUUCUGUUGUCUCUUUCCAUACCAUGUCACCAAAAAUGCAUGAGAAAAGGAGCCUGCUUUCUUCUAGUUGGCCAUCAAUGUUAGAAACAGGGUCCAAUAUCUCAGAUGCUGUAAUCUUUUCAACGGUUCCGAACAAGACCAGUGAACCCACUCUACAGCCACAGACAGAUGAAACUACUGUUCCUAUUACGGACUCAACCUUGAACCCGAGCACAGCCACCCUUGCCCCCCUAGGAAAUGUAACCAGGGAAACAACCACUGCUUUUGUCACUACCACCAAAUCUUUACCUUCUGACCAAGUCACUCUUGUUUAUGACCAACAAGAAGUUGAAGCUAUAUUCUUGGUGAUCUUGGUAGUUGUCAUAAUAGGAGAAUUUUUCAGUGCCUCUUCUGUCACGAUUGUAGACACAGUAACACUCCAGUAUCUGGGAAAACACAGAGACCGCUACGGAUUGCAGCGCAUGUGGGGUUCCCUGGGCUGGGGCCUGGCCAUGCUGUCCGUGGGCAUUGGCAUUGACUAUACCCACAUAGAAGUGCUCAUUGAUGGGAAGGGGUGUAAGGCUCCUGAGUACCGGAACUACCAGAUCGUCUUCAUUGUCUUUGGAGUUCUCAUGACCAUGGCUUUGAUUGUGGCUACCCAGUUCCGGUUCCGCUACAACCACUUCAGUAACAAUGACUUUUUUUUUAAAGAGGUGGAGAUCCCUCAGGUGGAGAGGAACAACUCCACAGAGUCCUCUGAGGAGACACCAACCACCACAAGCCACUCGCAGACCUUCAACUUUUGGGACUUAAUCAAACUGCUCUGUAGCGUGCAGUAUGGCUCCGUGUUGUUCGUGGCUUGGUUUAUGGGUUUUGGAUAUGGCUUCGUGUUCACUUUUCUCUACUGGCAUUUGGAAGACCUGAAUGGAACUACAACCCUCUUUGGGGUCUGUUCAGUUCUGAGUCAUGUGUCUGAGCUGACAGCAUAUUUUUUCAGUCACAAGCUUAUUGAAUUGAUUGGCCAUAUCAGGGUUCUGUAUAUUGGCCUGGCCUGCAAUACAGCUCGCUAUAUUUAUAUUUCCUAUUUGGAAAAUGCCUGGACUGUUCUCCCCAUGGAAGUUCUUCAAGGAGUGACACAUGCAGCCAUCUGGGCAGCCUGCAUCUCUUACCUGAGUGCAGCCGUGCCCCCGGAGCUGAGGACAUCUGCACAGGGCAUCCUGCAGGGCCUCCACUUGGGUUUGGGAAGAGGCUGCGGUGCCAUGAUCGGAGGCGUGUUAGUCAAUUAUUUUGGGGCUGCUGCAACCUUCCGAGGAAUCGGCAUGGCUUGCCUGGUGAUCCUCCUGCUCUUUGCCCUGAUCCAGUGGCUGGCAGUGCCAGAUGAGGAAGAAGACAAGACAAUGUUAGCAGAAAGGAUUCCUGUUCCCUCCAGUCCCGUUCCCAUAGCAACCAUAGACCUGGUACAGCAGCAGACAGAAGACGCCAUGCCACGUGUUGAGCCCAAACUUCCUCCCAAGAAAACCAAGCACCAGGAAGAACAGGAAGACGUGAACAAACCGGCCUGGGGGGUCAGCUCUUCUCCGUGGGUGACCUUUGUCUACGCACUCUACCAAAUUAAAGAGAUGAUGCAACUAGCAAGAGAGAACCGUGCUUCUGAGAUCCAGCCAUUACAGGAGACCAAUGAGAAUCGAGAAAAUGCUCCAACUGGUGGAGCCCAUCCUGUCCCUUGUGAGACUCACUCUGACCCAUCUAGAAACCAGCCAUCCCCUGACGCAGCAGCAUCUCAGACCAGCCCCACUCACCCCAGUGUGGAUCUGCACGUGGAGGAGGGUGAGGACCAGCAGGCUCAGCCUGGCCCGGGAGGACACUGAGUGUGUCCAGCACAUCUCCCACCCUGCAUGGAAUUGGACUCCUCCACCAGGACAUAGGAGGGUGAGGCCCCCAACCCAGGACACGCUUUCCCUGGAGGAGCACAGCACCACACAUGCUACCAAGUGUCUCAACUCAUUAACAUGGAAAUACACACGCACACAGGAACUACAGUACAUGUUGGCAGGAAAAGGUAAACGCCCAUCGUCUCACUGGAAUGCCAGAAGGGAAUGGAGUUCAGUGAGGACUCUCAGUUCUUUGGUUGGUUAGGUUAAGGAUGACAGGCUUUCUCUGCCAGUGCAGUACCAGUUGAAACCAGCAGGUAGGCUAAGCGGAGGGGAUCAAAGUGUGUCAAGGUGAAUGGUGGAAUCAUUUCCCUCUUCUGAUGAUUUAGUCUUAGGAUUUGGUUCUUAAUGCAAACUGGGAAGAAACAGUAUAUCAUUUUGUUUCUCACGGAGAGAACCAUUUUAAAAAUCACAAGAUCCAUUUAAAAAGUAAUCAGAUAAAAAUCAGUACACAGGCUUCUGUUUAAAAAAAAAGUUUCAUGAGAAACUUUAGAUAUCUCUAGCAAAUAUAUUUUUAUAUGUGUAUGAUAAAUGAUGAAAAUAGUCAAUUCUUUGAGCAGCAACAGCUGUUAUUAACUCCUGCAAACUAAGCUGAGCUUUAAAAUGCCUUUUGUUUUAAAUGGGCUUUAAGAAUGACCAAAAAUGAGGGAAUAUUUUAAAUAAACAACCAAUUCAGUAUCCUGUGGCUUGAUAGACAAGGGUUUACUAAAUAUAUUGAUACUGUAAUAGCCUCUAUCACUAUGUACAAUUUUUUAGUGAUUUGGGCUCUAACGAGCUGAUGGAAUAAAACGCAACAAGACAAGAAUCACUGAAUUCCUAAGGGUUCC